AUGAGGGUAAAAGUUCCAAGGAACUUCAAAAGCCCUGAUAUGGACCUCUACGACGGAACCACUGAUCCAAAGCAUCAUUUAAGCAAUUUCAAAAGUCGGAUGUACUUGGCUGACUCUUUUAAUGCUACUCGCUACAAAGCUUUUCCGACAACUCUCACCAAAGCAACGAUGAAGUGGUUCGAUAGUCUCCCUCCGAGGUCGGUCACUAGUUUCGAUGACCUCUCGCGGAAGUUCCUCAUGCGAUUCUCGAUCCAAAAGGAUAAAGUAAAGCACGCACCGAGCCUCCUGGGAGUAAAGCAGGAGGUCGGAGAACCUUUAAGGGACUACAUGGAAAGGUUCAACAAAGCGUGCUUGGAGAUCCAAGACCUACCCACGGAGGCAGUGAUUAUGGGCCUAGUAAAUGGACUUCGAGAAGGUCCCUUCUCCCAGUCCAUCUCGAAAAGGCACCCGACCUCCCUGAGUGAUGUACAGGAGAGAGCUGAGAAGUACAUCAACAUGGAGGAAAAUGCCCGACUUCGAGAACCAAAUUGGCGACCUGGGCACUCUCACUCAUCAAAAGAGAGAGCCCAAGAAAAAAGAGGAGGCCGGCCCUAA